AUGGAACAGCCUGGUUCGGUGCAUUCGAGCAUUUGGAGAAAGUUGACGAAUUCGCUGCUACCGACAGUUUUGGAAGUAGUCAAUGAAUCACAUUUACAUGCGCAUCAUCAAGCAAUGAGAAAUGUUGACAGUAGUGAAACGCAUUUUCGAGUGUCUAUAAUCUCGGACGAAUUUGAAGGAAAGACGUUGAUGCAACGACACAGACUUGUGUACAGUAUAUUGAGUGAAGAACUAUCUGGUGGAGUACACGCGCUCACGAUAAAAGCUAAAACACCUAAAGAAGUAGCGACAUCAUGA